AAAAUGUUUCCAUAAAAUUUUCAUAUUUGUUUGUACACUAGUUACUGAUCUUUUAUCAUAUGAUUUACUGUUGUCAUAUUGCUAAUUAUUUAUUAAUGCAAGUGCUGCUAAAACCUGUUCUUGUGACAAUGAUAUGUGGUCUUUGUUUUUUGUUUUCAGCUAUAGGUAAGCAUGCCAUUUCACAUAUGUCGUUUUGUGGGAGGGGUAGUCUCAGUAACUCAUAUAUUUUGUUUCUAAAAUUAGAGAUUCAAAAAUAUUUUUUAUCAUGAUGGAGCUCAACAUAGGCUUCAAUUCCACAUCUAACAGCACUUCCGUGGGUUCAGAGAAGAUCGCUCCUGCUGUAGUUCUGGGUUUGUGCUGUUUGGUUGGUUUGCCAAGCAACAUUGCGGUAAUACUCAUCAUUGCUCGUGAGUGGAACAGAAACCUGAGCUUUAUCUUAAAACUAAUGCUAAACCUUGCGGUCUCUGAUGCUUUGACCCUUUGCUUGGCUCCUUUUGUGCUGUAUGGAAUACUGUUUGGAUGGAAACUCGGUCUUUGGUUUUGUAAGUUCCUGUUUUUUUUGGGUCACUGGAGUCUGUAUGUUGGUGUCCUGACGGUCACCUCCAUGAGCAUCCACCGCUAUCACAAUGUCAUCAAGUCAAGAGUCACUAACAGAAUGAUACUGCAAAGACUUGAAAGACGGCACAGGCGCCUUCAGCUGAUUGGCAUCUGGUUUCUAGCUUUUGCUUUUUCCCUACCAGUAUUUUUUACCCAAGGACUAGAAGACAAGAAUGGACUGCAAAGAUGUCAGAGGGAAAUUAAGUCACAGUCUGUAGAAGUGACUGUUUUGCUUUUUGAGAUCCUGUUGGGAUUUGUCAUUCCAUUUGUGACAAUGUUGACAUGUUAUCUAUGGUUGGACAAAGGGUUGAGACAAAAAGCCAAGAGCUCCAGUCUAACUAGAGCUCCACAGGACCAGGAACCCAGAAACCAGGGGACAAACGUUAGGACUUACAAGAAGAGACUUGUGAUCAGCAUUGUUGUGGCUUUCUUUCUGUUUUGGACUCCUGUGCACAUUAUCAAUGUGAUUGAUAUAGUCAAAACUCUGACUAAAACAUCUCAUCCAGAUGUUUUUUCUCAACUGAAGUCUUUCCGCCAAGUAUAUGGUGAUACAAGCAAGACUCUGGCUUUGCUAAACUGCUGUCUGAAUCCUUUUCUCUAUGCCAUCUCUUCAGCGAAUCUUAUGAAAUAUUUCAGUAAGAGAUAAUUCAAAAUUUAUGAUUCAAUAAUUUAUUUUCAGUCAAAUAUACA